UUCUCUUUCUUUUUUCUCUCUUCUGCUUUAUGUUUUCCCCCCCUUAAUGCUUCAGUCUAGGACCUUUUCAUGAGAUCUGAACUGGCAUCAUUACUGAUAUUGCUAUAAAUUGGAUCUCUAAUCCUUAAAGGCGCAUGCAUAAGGUUGGUUUUGAGCACAUGUUUGAAAGUUUAUAGCUCUGGUUAACUGAUGUGUUCAUUCAUUUGGGAUGUAAUUAAUAUGACUUAUCAAUGUUUCCUGAUUAUGGAUGAUGUGCAGCCUCAUCUUUUAUAUCCCUUUUGCUAAUUAUGGAUUCCAGUGCUGAAAACCUAGCACGAACCAAUUAAGCAGUGCAGAGAAGGAGAUUUUUAAUCAUUGUGAUUUGCAGGUUAUAAAAUAUUCCCCAGUAGAUUCUCACCUGUAAUUUCCAUUCUGUGACUAGGAAAACUGAGAGAUAUGCCACUGCCUAAAGCCAAUGGGAGGUUAAAAAACAGAUUUGAACUCUUCUUUGCAGUAGAAGACCAAUGUUGAUGCAAUGAUGCAAGACCAAUGUAAUUAAUUAUUACCACAUGUACACUUUAUGUUAUUUACAAACUUGCCAGAAUCUUCACUUUUUUUGUGAGAAUUACAGUUUAUAAACAAAAAUUAGCUGAUGUCCUGUAACUUUUCUGAUAAAUAUAUACUUGACCCUAUGAUAAAAUUUUAUCAUCAUGGUCUUGCUUAUAUGUACUUCCAUUCCAAUUUAAAUGUCACCUGUACUGUUGGUUUGUUUGUAAAACUAUCAGUAGUAUUUUCCAAUGGAAUUGAAGUAGAUUUACCAGAGAGUGAUAUUUUUAUUGGGUUGUUAUUAUUUUUAUUAAUCACGGGGGGAAAAAAAAUUGAAUAUUGCAGUGCUGCAGAAAAAAAUUAUAAUGGUUAACUAUUCCAAACCAAAGUAAUAUAUUCUUAAAACAAAUGGUAAUGUUUCUAGUUAAGAGAUGUAUUUACAUAAUCUUUUGCAAAACACUGCUAAUUUUUGCUUCAUAUCUCUUUCAAAUUGAGAAAUUUUGUAUAAAUCAAACUUGUAGCUAAUAGGAAUAUGUUUUGGGUAACUGAAUUCUAAAUUGUUCUGAUGCUUGCUUAGAGAAAUAUGGUUUCACUGUAUUUAAAAGUGGUUGAACUCAAAGCUGUUUCAAAAAAAAAAAUCCUUUUUUUCUAGGAGAACAGCUUUAGAGGUAUUCACUUGCUAGAAUUAAACUACAUUUGUUAUUUCUGUGAAGCAGAACUUAAACUUUUAACCUCUGAUGCAUGGCCCUUGGGAUUCACAGAACCUGAUGGAAGAGUUAAGUUGUUCUCUUCAAAUGCAGAUUUGUAUUGUGUCUCAAGGCCAAAUGAGACCUAACCUGCAGGAAGAUACGAGAUGCAUAUGUGUCACAAGUUUUGAGAAAAAUGGGUUUGAAUUAAAGGCAUUAUUUUUGUUAUAGGAAAAACAAUAAACAUGCUUAAAAAGCAAAAAAGAUAACUGAGAGAUAGUAGAAAUUUGUUGGGAUUACAGAGGUAGGAUGUUGAUAUAUGGUCAUUCAUGCUCACAUGUGACUAAUGCCUUCUCAAAAAGUAUGGGAUAAAUUAUUGGUAGCCUAUGCUUUUCAAGAGUCUGAAGUUCUUUCCUACCACAGCUCAUUCACAAUUUUGCCCCUGCUCUAAUUCCAUGUGAAAAAUUUUACUUCUGUUUCCUUUUAAAAUAUUGAUACUUCAUCCACCUUGUUCCCCCACAGUUUAUUGCCAUAAUCUGUUGAUCUGGGAUGGAUUUAUAUCUUUGCAAGAACAGGGUCUGUGGUUGCAUAGCUUCAUGACAGUAUCCCCAACAGUUCUAUGAAAAUAUAUGGUGGAUAACUUUUUGAACUGCUGAUUCACAUAAAUGAUGUGUUGCUAAGUAUUAUUUAGUAAGAAUGUUUAUAAAUCUUAUUAAAUUUAAUAAGCAGUAAACUGAAAGGGAGAAGGCACAAGAGACUGCUUUGAUCUCAGGCUGGAAAGGAAGCAAAUCUUGGUGCUCUGAAGAACGUAAAGUGAGUAAAUGAAAAAAAGGUCCAUGUGCAACCAGAUGGAAGUUCUUCAAGACUUAAUCUGUGUUCAUCACUUUUUCUCUAUAGUUACUGAUUUCAAUGUUUACAUUUCUAGGUAUAUUCCACAGUCUAGAAACAUCAGAGUAUAAGAUCUCCUACACAAGGGUGAGGCAGAACUGGAUACAAUACCCCAGAAGUGGUCUCACCAGUGCUGAGGAGAAGGGAAGGAUCUCCUACUUUCACGUGCUGGAAACAAGAAGGCAGCCAAACCCACAUCUCUCAGGUGAGAAACCAGGACCAGAGCAAGACGAGGUUAAGCUGCAGAAUGCCAGCAAGCAGAUAGUGCAGACUGCUAUCCUCCAAGCUGUGCAGCAAGUUUCUCGGGAGAACCAACAAAAGGAGAAGCGAACAAACAGCAGCAUGAGCUUCCAGCUAGAAAGAGGAAAGUUAACCAAGAAGCAUGAAAAAAGUAAAGGAGCAGCUCGUUUGUAUUGAUCCUCCCGUCUGCCGUGAUUUCAGCUUUCUCUUUAGUAUCAGCUGUACUGCUAGCGCCAUGUUACUGUUGUGAAGCAAACCAAAGUAUAAUCAACACCUAGACAUAGAGUAAAGCUGCAAUAGUCCUCGGCUGAAAAAUAUUAAGUGCAUUAGAUGACUAACUCCAUAUUUAUGCAGUGCCUCAUAAAAGAAACAAUAACCAUAGUUGUAAAGGUAGUUUCAAGCACAAGGUCUUAUGGUAUGGACGUAUUUUCCAAAGCUUGUUGUCAGUGCACUUCCCUGUCAGUUCUACGUGCAAUGUUGCUGCCAGGCCAGCUGGCCAGACUCUGUCUUACCGGGUUCACUGAAGCUGUCUUCACAGAAGAAACAGUUUACUAUUGAGUGUAGCAGAAUGCUCUCAGGCUGCUUUGAGAUAUGAGAUUGUCAUUUGUUUUGAUUAGCCAUGGAUUAACCAUGGAUGUGUAAAAUGGAUGUGGAGAGUUUCAAGAACCAUUCUCUUUUUUUUUCAUCCUGGAAAAAGAAAAGCAUCCACUAUGACUUUGCAGCAACUAUGAUCUAUGACUGUGAUCAUAGAUGUGUGAUCUUUGUCUCUUUUUGUAAGAAGUUAAAAUAAGUACUGAAGUUUUGGUCCACCUAUUUGAAGUACCUUCUGAACUUCUGUACAAAAAUCACUUGUGCCUCAACCACUCCUUUUAAUUUUCUUGAUGUUGAAAGAAGAGAAACAGAUGUGCUGAUAUGGAGUUGCUAGCUAGUUUUGAAAGUUUGCUGUGACUUGAUUUACAGAAAUGAAUACUGAAGUGGCUUCACGAAAAAAGAUUUUGACUUUAUUAAUAUUUGAAGGAUGGAAAUAAACUGUGUCUGAAUUCUCUCAUGGUAGAGGUUUCUCAUCUGCUGGGCAUAAAGUGACUUUAGAUAUUUGCAAUUGUCACAUAGAUUGACCUAAGAUAGCGCUGCUUUAAGCUGGGUAAUGCAGAACUUAUCCUUUAACUACUCUAUAUAGCAGAAGAAAUCCAUUAUAUUUCUGAAAAUACACAUUAAAUAAAUGUAUCUUUGACUUUUAUGCUCCCUUACUGUAAUGACGAUUGCACUAUUCCACAGCUUAAAUGAAUAAUAGUUAUUUCAUUCUGGAAAUGGCUUGCAGCUCUACUUCAUCUGAAUUCUUGUAGUAAUAUACCUAGAAAUAUAUUAGAAGCAGAUACAAAGAAUCUGCAAAGUAAGAUACAAACUUUCAUAAUUGCUUUUCUACUCAGCAAGAUGUGUCUCAUCUCAUAGUGACUUUCUGAUUUAAGUAAUUGGCUAUUACUUACUACGUUCUACUACCUGUGUUAAUCAAUUUUCUCAUGGCUAGGGGCUUAGUCACAAAUAGCCACAUACUGUAAUAUUAAGCCUCCUAAAUUUGCUUGUGUAGUGGAAAUGCUAAGUCACAGCUUGAACCAGUGACUGAGCACCUGGUGGGAAGGCAGAGCCAACCCAGGGGGAGCUCAGGUGCAUGCAAUGUCCCUGAGUGAAAAGAAGGGGUGGAACCAGGAUCCACCUCUUCCCAGACCUCAUUUAGGGGUUGGUGGUGGGAGUGGGGGUAUCACUUGCUGGAGAUUUUUACAUACCUGAAGCCUUCUAAGAGUAAGCAGAUUCUUUUCUUUGUGUCCAUAGCUGGUGUGUUUGAGCUUAUCUCAUCUGCUAUAGCCUAGGAAAUUGCUACUAUGCUAUCAUUGUUCUGUUUUCCAUUGUAUUGGUAUCACAGCUUGUGUUGUUUGGUUGUUUCUUUUAACAGCACUGAGUUAUACCAGAAAAUGCUCUAGCUCACUCUUCAUUUCAUUUAAAAAUGCAAAGAUAAAUUCAAUGUGAAGUUGUUAAAAAUUGAAACUGAUCUAUAUUGCAAGUACACAGUUAGUUUGUUUUUCUAGGCUCUGGCUGGAUUUCUUAGCCAAGCAAGCUUUGAAAGAAGGAAAUACUUGGUCUUGAAGCAAGCGUGUAUUUGUUGUAAUAGUCAUAUUUUUACUAUUAGCUUUUUUAUCAACUGUUCUUCAGUUAGGAAAUAACUCUUUUCUUGAAUGCUUAUUGUGUCUUUGCUUUCUGAGAGCCUAAGAAAGCUGUCUGUGAGUCAAGGUUCAAUUCUGAGGCUAAGGAGCAGGCAAGAGGAGUGGAUGAGGGAAAAAAAAGCCUCCUGAGGAGGCUCUGUGAUGCUGGUGUUUGCCUACAGUAAUGUAAGAGGGAGAACUACAGGACAACAAAAAUACAACUUAUUUAGGAUUAUUCUACUUUAUUUUUUUUUCCACAGAAACUUGCAGGGCGUGUAUUUUUAUAUCUUUCUGGUACUUGCACCUUUCGUAGUCUGGAAACUUAGAUGUCCAUAUCUUCUUAAUCUCUAUGUUAUGCAAAUAAGUACUUCAAAAUAACAGUGGAUAUAGGCUUUUUGCUGUUACUUCAUAUGAACCUAUUCUACCCUCCUUCCACUGUGGUCUUCUGUAUUAUCUCUUUACUCUCCUAGCCCUUUUAGACACACUGUUACUCAACCAGUACCUUGUGCCCUUCAUUUCAGUGCUGUCAUAAGUCUAACAUCAUGGAGAAAGAAGAAUGACAGGAAGCCUCACAGAGCUGUGAGGUGGUUUGAUAGGAGACUAUUCAAGAAAAACAAAUACUCUUGCAUAAAUAGUGUUGUUUUCCUUGAGACCCAAAUAAUGCGUUUCCUAUCUAUACUAUAUGUCUCUAAGUUAAGGCAUGCAUUUAGUAUCUUCUAUCUGUUGACAAAGGAUGUUCUGCACACAAUUUGCAUCUGAUAUACGUAGUUGAGAUCUAUACUGCAUGUGAGGAAAGCGAGUAAUUUUAGUAAAUUCAUGGGAAGAUCAUAUUUCUGGGAGAAAAACACAGACUAUAAAUUAUUAUAGAUGUGAUGCAGAUUGGAUUACAAAUAAAGAAACUUCAACACCUUACGUGACUCUGGUUCCUCGUCAAAGAAAGAGAAAAAAUGUUUAGAUUAUGUAGGAAGUCUUUCAAGAAAAGCAGUAUUGGGAGGUUUGUGGUACUGAAAGAGUUAUCCACCACAAUAAUUUCUAUAUUAAAAAUGCAAGACAAUCAGAAUGGUACCUAAACAUAUUUAAAACAAAUUCAACAAAUUUUAGCACUGUCAAUAAGUAGAAGGAUGCACGAAUAUGAAAGUAGAAUUACUGCGUCUCUUCUCACGAUGUAGAAUCAGGCAUCUGCAUCUAUCCUGCUGCUGCACUUGCAUUAUUUUCUUUUAGGUUGAUUAUCAUAGUUUCAUUACUGUGCUUGUGUUCUUUGUAAUGUAAUCAGGCACUGUUCAUAAAGCACCAGUACGCAAAUGAAGAUUUGCAUGGACGCAGCAAAAUGUUGUAAGAGAUUACUAGAUAGCACUGUUCAUAAAGUUGGUGGCUUUGGGCAGUUACACUGAAAAUCCUUACUAUAAAAUGGAAAACACAGUGUAACUUGGAAACUGACAUUUUCAUUUGAACAUUUUAGAAAAAUAAAAGCACACUGUGGUAACAUUAUCACUAAGAACUGGAAAAUCUUGAAUGUAUAAUCAACAGUAAAUGAUGCAUCUAAAAACUUUAA